GCGGUGGUAGCGGAUUGUAGCGACGCGCGCUUUUUUGUGCAAGUUUGCCGAGCUGCUGCUAGGAAGCAGAGCACACAAUUGAAAGAAGUCAAUACAGUGCUCUUUUGACGGCCUGAAAUGACCUGAACGCUACAAACAGUUAGUAGGAGCCUCAUUCGACCGCGUCCAAGAACGAGACGAAAUGGACUAUGAUGAUUACGACGAGUACGAAGACCUCUACGCGGAUGAAUUGGAGCUCGCGAAUGAGCUCCACAGCAAUGCUCCACUGCCACUGCCCUCUAGUCGUGUGCUUUCUGGUAGAGAUGAUGUGUCAGACUUGGAUACACCGCGAUCCAGCUCCUCAGUGGGAAAAAGGACCCUAGAAGAGCCUGGUGAGAGUUCACGAAAAGAUGCAGGUACUCCUACCCUUGAGUCAGUGCGCAAGAAACUGAAGCUUGAAGAUGAUGAUUCAAACACCUCUUUUGAAUUUUCUUCACCUAAAAAACUCGUUAUUAAUGAGGGUGAACGUGAUUCCGAUGGUGAUGGUGCUGCGUACGCUACCACUGUGCAAGAAAAAGCCCUUGAUGACCGUCCUCUCCCAUCACCAUCGCCACCACUUGCCAAUGCAGAAGAAGACCUGUUCCAGACACAGUGGGAAGAUGCCAGCUCAUACGUGCUCACUACUGGUCUGAGGGGUCGUGAUGGACGGCUCAAGUUUGUUGGGCUCAGAGCUGACGACUGGGCCGACGACGUCGAGCUUCUGCUGUCCAGUAAUCGACCGAAAGGAAACCUCCUGUCCCGGCCUUUCUGGGAUGUAUGGCUUGAUGCACAGGCAGAGCUUGAGAGGCAGAAGCAAGCAGAGGCUGAGCAUACUGCCAACAUCACUGAAAAUCAUGAGAUGAAUUCGCUUCCGGAAGGUGUUGUGGUUGGUGAAAGCGGUGGUGGCCCUGGCUUUGAGGAAGCGUCAUCCGGGUUGGCAUCACUCUGGGUAGAGAAAUAUCGUCCAUCACACUUCAUGGAGCUGCUCAGUGAUGAUGGUGUCAACCGGACACUGCUGCAAUGGCUGAAACUGUGGGACUGCGUUGUGUUUGGCCGACCACCAAAAGCAAAGCCACAAAAAGAGAAGCAAAUGGCUGCCAACAACCAGAGCAAUUUUGCCAAACGGUACAUGCCAGAGGUCAAAGAGGAAUUGGAUGAACAUAAAAGGCCUCAGCAGAAGGUUAUUCUUCUUUAUGGGCCACCAGGGCUUGGAAAGACAACACUGGCACACGUCAUUGCAAGGCAUGCCGGCUACAAUGUUGUGGAGCUCAAUGCCAGUGAUGACAGAAGCCCUGAUGUGUUCAAGACUACUCUGGAGACCGCUACUCAGAUGAAAGCCGUCUUGGGGCAGGACCCACGACCAAACUGCCUUGUCAUUGAUGAGAUCGACGGCGCACCAGCUGCUUCUAUCAACGUACUAGUCAACAUGAUCAAAAGCACUGGCCAGCCUACAGGAAAGAAAAAAAAGAAGGAUGGAAGCCUGCUUCUUCGACCUAUCAUCUGUAUCUGCAAUGAACUGUAUGUUCCAGCCCUCCGGCCGUUGCGGCAAGUUGCAUUGAUGCUGCACUUCCCAUCCACCCAGAAGAGUCGCUUGUGUACUCGGCUGUUAGAGGUGAUGCGGAGGGAACGGAUGAAAGGGGAGCAGACAGCUGUGGCUGCGCUGUGUGAGAAGGCAGGAAACGAUGUACGUUCCUGCCUCUCCACACUCCAGUUCAUCCAUGGCCGAAAGAAGCAGCUGACACUAACAGAUGUGAACACUGUUAAUGUGGGCCAAAAGGACAUGCACCAAGGGCUGAUGUCACUGCUUCAUGAAGUGUUCCAAAAACCACGGGCUGCACGGAAAAUAUUUCGGCACCAUAUGGAUGAUGCGUCCAGAACUGCUGCAAGGAAGCCUGAAGACUUGCGGUUCGACUCCCUGGCUCGAUCGGCACAAGGGUUUGGAGACUAUGAGAAGCUCAUUCAGUCUCUUUUUGACAAUUAUAUCAAUGUCAACUUCCGGGAUCCUCGUUUCGAACUGAUCCAUGAAGGCCCUGAAUGGUUGUGCUUCACAGAUCAGCUGCUGACCACGGUGCAACACCUGCAGAACUACUCACUGUACCCGUACCUGCCAUUCAUUGCACCAGCCUUCCAUCGUGUUUUCUCAGUUGUGCCCUACACGAAAAUGGUCUUCCAGAACUCCUUCCUCGAGGCGCGGGCCAAGAAGACACAGAUGCACAACAUCCUGGUGUCACUGAUUGCUGAAUCAUCACCACAGUCUCGCUGUUUUGUGACCGAGACGACAUUACUCAGAGAUGUGCUACCAUGGUUGCUGUGCAUAGUACAGCCUACAAUUCGACCGGUGAACACACAGUUGUUUAGCAAAGAGGAGCGCCAGCAGCUGCAACAGGUGAUUGCUGUGAUGUCAUCGUUCAGCAUCACCUACCAGCAGACGAGAAAUGCUGAUGGAGUCUACCAGUACAACCUCGAGCCCAACAUUGAAGAGGUUGUGCAGUUUCCUGGCAUCGCAUCACAGCAGCAGCUCCCGUAUGCUACUAAGCAGCUCAUUGCUAGGGAGUUAGAAGUGGAGAAAAUGAGGAAGAGUGACUCAGUGGAGGAGCAACAUGCAAGGCGUUCCACAGCAGCAGCUGUUAGUACGGGUGGAGUACCAACACUGAAUCCGGCACCAAAGAUUGUUGAGCAGCCUGCAAGGGUAUCUGUCGAUUUCUUUGGUCGUGUCAUUGAGAAAGCUGUUGUGACCAAUGUUACAGAGCCUACAAGUGUUGGGAAUGCCACUUCAUCAGCACAGGUGUGGUACCAGUUCAAGGAAGGCUUCAGCAAUGCCGUCCGAAGGACAGUGCGCAUGAAGGAUCUCUUGUAGCUGUCAGAUAUCUGUUUGUCCUUUUUUUGCAAGUGUAUAUGUUAAUGUGCCUGUGAUUGUAAAGUUAGGCCCAUGUCCAGCUCUCUCUUGCCAAGAGAUGCCAAGCACCGAAAAGCACCUGAGCGUGGAAAUUGAUUUAUUUCCCAGUGUAAGAACGAACUUUUUAAACGUGCCUAGUGACAUCUAUACCUGUUGUCUUCUAUGCUGUCUUUGCCUUUUGGAACAAUGCUGUUUUCACAAGUGCGCUUUAAAUGCUGUGUGACCCCUCUUGAUUCUGUGGUUUUUUUUUUUUUAUUGCAUGUGUUGGCAGAUUGUUUGUACAGCAACUGAGUGGCUGUUACUCUUUAUUACAUGCAGUCAGUUAUUGUGGAACAAUAAAUCAUAGCAAGAGAGAAAA